CAAAAAACAUCAAAAAUUUGGCGGCUGAAAUUUGAAUCUCCUGAGAAAAAUUGUUUAAAAACUGACAAAAUUCCCAAUAAAAAUAGAAUGGCGUCUUUACAAGUAGAAGUUAGAAAACCUGAAUAUUGCUCUUUUGAAAUGAGGAAGGAUUUGAACAACAGUCAUUUUGAGAAACAACAACAACAGGCUAGUGGUUUGGCUAAUGGACAAACACCAAUGGAGAGGCGAAGGAGGAAUAGUGGAAGAAAUAACAUCACUAAUUCCACUAAAAAAUCUACACCUUCAACUUCAUUUACAACAAGAGCACGUAGGUCUAAUUGUCAACAGGUACAACAGAAAAAUGCAAAGGAUGAUGGCGACGGUGUUGUUGAUUUUGAUGAAGUGGACAAUAAGAAUUUUAGUGAUAAUGAUGGAUCGAUUGAAGGAACUAGCAAUUCUACUUCACCAAUUUACACAACAAACGCCCAACAAUUAAAUAACAACAACGAUUCUUCUUUAAUUACUUCUGUUCUUCAAGAAAUUCAAUUGCCUCAUGAUGGUUCUGAUGAUACUUCAUUUGCUCCACAAAUCGAUAAUCAAUCGUAA